AACAAAGAUCACCUCGAGACAUGUCUCCCGACCACAACAGCCACCUCGUAAGGCUCGUACAGAAGCCGAUUGCGACUCGUGGACCAGAAUGGGAGUGGGCUCAGUAGAUCCAAUCCUUUUCUGGAAUCACACGGAACUACUGCACCACGGCCGAGGAAAUAAGGCGGAUCACUAAUCAUUCUCGGAUCCUUUCUAUAGUUCAAAGAAUGUCGAGGUUCGCCAUUUGUCAGCGCAAGAGAGUGAAUAUGCAUGUAUAUCAGGUCCAGUGCGCCGACAUAGUACUCGCUCUAGAUGGAUUCACUCAGGUCGUCUACAGAUCAUAUCUCGAAUUGAAACAAUGGCUCUUGUUCUGAUCACGGGUGCUACCGGCUUCAUCGGGUCCCAGGUAGUUUUCGACGUGUUGAAAGCCGGCUAUCGCGUGAGGUUGGUUGUGCGUCGUGCUGAGCAAGCGACCAAGCUCGAGCGGGUUUAUAGCCGAUUUCCAGAACGGUUGGAAUUUGUUGUUGUUCCUGAUCUAACGGUAGAUGGAUGCUUCGACAAGCCAUUGCAGGGAGUAGACUACGCGUUGCACCUGGCCUCUCCAUUACCCGGCGCGGGAGAAGACCUUUUGACUCCGGCUGUUCAAGGAACUGUCUCGAUUCUGCAUUCUGCACUCAAGGUGCCAAGUAUCAAGAAAAUCGUGGUGACUGCCUCGGCCUUGUCAAUCAUGCCGCUCGGGGGCGCAGCCGAUGGCUCGGUCAUUAAGGAAACAACCGAUAUCCAAGAUGUCGACCCAGCGCAGGUGGCUUCGUUGAACCCAUUCGACCAAUACCAGGCCAGCAAGAUAGCGUCUUACAAGGCAACGCUAGACUUUGUACGUGACCAUCAUCCGACAUUUGACGUGGUUACUCUGCAUCCCGUCUUUGUUUUCGGGUACAAUCAGGCACAGGAAUCAGCCGACCAGCUGGGCGGCACUUGUGGCAUGCUGUAUCAAGCAAUCACGGCGGGAAAGCUGUUUUCGGAUCAGUACCGGGGGGUCCAUGUUGAGGACGUGUCUGCUGCGCAUGUAAAGGCUCUGGACAGCUCCAUAAAGGGGUUGCAAUCUUAUCUGCUGGCUGCACCACCAAGACCGUGGUCAGAUGUGAAGACUUUCGUCCGUCAGCGGUAUCCCAAUCUGCCUGUCAAGCUCGAGACGCAGGAGACGACAGGCUAUGUUCUUGAUACGAGCAAGGCUGAGAGAGAGCUGGGGUUGACCUUCAAAGGAAUGGAGGACCAGGUGAGCGACGUGAUUGACCAGCAGCUAGCGUUCAAAUGAGCAGGUGGUUGGUGCAUAUUUGGCAGGUCUCUACGAGUCACGGAAACAGAUUUCAGAUUGCGAGGAGAUGUCGGGACGAAUGAUUUUAUGUAUGUUUGAGAGAUGAUC